CUUGUUGGUUGUGAUAGCACGCCGUGAGUGAAAUUUUGGACGUUGUGAUGUGAUAAGUGGCCAAGGAUAAUUCCUCAUUGUCUGAUACCAAAAAAUGAGGUUGUAGUCCAAAAUGGAUUCCCCUGUGUCAUCACCUGAUGAUAUAGAAGUGAACGUGGUGUCAGGAGCCAGUAGCCCAGACAUUCCUUCGUCGCCUUCUAGAAACGAUCAAAGCCCAUUCUACGAUCUGAAAGGUAAAGAAGAAAAGGCAACAGGCAGUGCACCGUACACCAGUUUCUCGAUCAGUUCCAUCUUGAACCGAGCGGAACCAAGAAGGGAAUCGAAUGUUCUCGAAGCUGCAUUAGCUGCUAAUCAUUUUGGCAAUGAUGCUAUGCUAUCAAGAUUGGGUCUCAUAUCACAAUGGAGUGCUCUAGCAGGCCGCUACGGAGGCCUCGUCCCUGGGCCCUGGUAUUGGCAGAGGCCUCACGAAAGAACUCCACCUAAAGAAGAUUCAACGACCAACGAAGAAGGAUCAGGUGCUGGCUCACCUCGUCCAAGAAGUCCACCUCGCAUACCUUCGCCUCCUUCUCCAUCUCGCUCUUCCCCCCGCUCGCCUCGACUACAUCCAGCUCUGUACCCUCAACAGCAAGACCCUCAGGACUCUGAUCCGGAUAUCGACGAAAGUGACGACUUCGAUAAGGACGAAAAGCGCGAUCCCAGCGCAAACUUAGGAAAACGAAAGAAAAAAACUCGUACAGUUUUUUCUCGCUCGCAAGUAUUCCAGCUCGAAUCAACUUUCGAUAUGAAGAGAUACCUGAGCAGCUCAGAACGCGCCGGCCUUGCAGCCAGUCUUCAUCUAACAGAGACCCAGGUAAAGAUAUGGUUUCAGAAUCGCCGAAACAAAUGGAAAAGGCAGUUGGCUGCUGAACUGGAAGCAGCUAACAUGGCUCAUGCAGCUCAAAGAUUAGUCCGUGUGCCAAUUCUGUAUCAUGAAUCUAGACCAACUUCCAUGCCUCAUACCCCACUCCCGAUCCACCCGCAGUUUUCCAAUGAAACUGGCGUCUAUUUUCAACCGCAAGCUCCUCAGCAACUUCAGCAAUUGCCUCCUUCACCAGUAACUUCUAGAGCACCACUUUCAAGUCUUGUAUAGUGUACGCUCGAAGUCGCUCGUCAAAACGACGCGGCUAACGGACAGUUCUAAAUUUGAAUUAACCAAAAUGGCGGCCUAGUCAUUAGUAUGUGUCAAAUAAUGAAGGUAGUUUAAUAUUUAAGAUAUUGUGUUGCGUACAAAGUUUGUUGUCAUUCCAAAUUGUAUCAUAUGUAAAUAAAAUUAAUUUAAUUUAAAGUACUAGCCAAAAUAUUGUAAAUAACUAGUUGCAAUUUAAUAGUGACUGUGCUUUUCGUGUAUAUAAUUUAAGGUGGAUAUUAAAUGUUAUGUUAAAAUAAGUUUAUAAUAAAAAAUAUUACGCUUUGUCAAACAUAUAAUUUCCCAGGAAUAAUGUUAUUGUUGGCUUUAAAUUAAGUUAAAAACAAAUUUGAGUGUUUAUUUCAUUUUAGUCUUUAUAUGACGACGGAAAAUCCUUAGUUACUUAAAUAUUUUUUACACAUUUCAAAUCUAACAAAGCGACUAAUCAUAAUUUUGUAUAGUGUUGCCAUAUCAUUCUAAUGUAUUUAUAAUUCUAGCCUAAGGAUGCUUCAUUCUAAAUAUCAAAGCUAUUUAUUAUAGUAGAACUUUGUAAGUUACGUUAUAUCAUUGUAAUUAC